AUGCCCGCUCCUUCAACCACCCUCUUGAUUGAGGGCUCUUUCUCAGAACUCUCCGAGGAGUUCGCUGCCUACCUCGACGCCCUCAACAAGUCCGAGGACUCGCCCAUCCAGACAGAGCUCGCCCCGCUGCUGCAACCCCUCCGCGAGCAGGAACAGAAUGAUACCCAGAUCGACCAGAGCAAGCGCGAUGAGGUCUUGAAGAAGUUGGUUGGCUCGGCUGCCGUGCUCAGCACAGCGCCGGAGAAGGAGAUCACACCUGCUUAUAACCUCCUCAUCCACCUCGUGCAGCAGGCUUCCGACCCUGACAUGUUCCUCUCCCGCAUCUGCUCCUACCUCGCCAAACCCGUCACAUCCUCUCCUCAGUUCGGUGCCUCCCUGUCCAUCGCCAUUCUGUCCACAAUCUUCAACACCCUCGCCCCCUCCGACUCGAGCCGAUUCCACGUCCUUUUGGCCGUUGUCGCCGUUAUCCGUCAGUCUGGCUCAUCCGCCGCCUUUGAUGCCCUCAAGCCCCAGUUGACCGCACAGCUGCCCAACUGGCGCUCCGCCUGGGAACUCGACGACGAGGAGGCCCGCCGCCUGCACCUGGCCAUUGCCGACGCCGCCCAGGCCGCCGGUGACCUUGACUGGGCCCAGUCUCACAUUGUCGAGGCCCUGCAGACCAUCCCUCCCGCCGAGGCUUCAUCCAAGGCCGCCCGGGAUCUGGCCGUGCGUGCGCUGACCGCGGCUCUCACCCACCCCGCCGUCUUCGACUUCACCACGUUGACCGCCGCCGACGCCGUCCAGGCCCUUCGCUCCAGCGAUGCAGCCCUCUUCGAGCUCCUCGAGAUCUUCACCGCCGACACCGUCGACGCCUACGAGGACUUCAUCUCCACCACCCCCGUUGCCAACAUCCUCCCCGACAACGCCCUGGUCCCGCACGCCGACGCCCUGCAGACCAAGAUCCGUCUCUUGACCCUCGCCUCGUUAGCCGCCGCUGCAACCACCACAACCGGGCCCAACGCUCGCUCUCUUUCAUACGAGACCAUCGCGUCGUCGCUCCGCGUGCCCCAGGAGGAAGUCGAAAAGUGGGUUAUUGACACUAUCCGCGCAGGACUCGUCGAGGGCAAGCUCUCGCAGCUGCGAGGCGAGUUCCUCGUGCACCGCGCCACCUACCGUGUCUUUGGCGAGAAGCAGUGGGCUGAAGUGCAGGGUCGUCUGAUGGUGUGGCGACGAAGCUUAGAGAAUGUCCUUGGAGUUAUUCGCAGCGAGCGGGAGAGGUUUGCCCGGGAGGCUGCUGCUGCUGCCGCGGCAAACACAGAGGAGAAGAGCGACAAGAAUAAGACAGAGCGCCGACGUCCCCAGGAGGUGGCUGCGGCUGAGUAA